AUGGAUAAUGCUAGAGGCACUGCCGCUCGGCUGCGGCGCACGUUCCAGUACCCAGAUGAUAACCACAGCGACAGCGAGGGCUCCGAGCCCGAAGCCAUGGACGAAGAAGAACAAGAAGCCCUGAUAACCCGCCUCGCCGCCGAAAACGCCUCCCGCAACGCCUCAUUCACCCGCGUCCUCUUCUACACAUCGCUCGCCGCCGCCGCCUGCUACCUCCCAUCCCUGCUCCUGCCCUUCUACGCCGGCGUCACGAAGCUCUUCUCCAUCCUCGCCGUUACAUCCUUGGCGUCUACGGCGUUCAUCCUUCAUCGCCUGCCGCCCACGACCACCGGCAUCGCGCUGCUGGAUGGUAAGGGCAAAACGGGCAGGGGACGGGACCUCCCGCUGAGCAUGGGGACGAUGCAGAGGUCUCCCCUCGAGACAUACCUCCCGUAUCUGAACCUCGGCCUCAUCGCCGCCCUGAUCCUCAUGGGGAUGGUCACAAAAUCAAACGUGGCGAGCUUUGGAUGGAUCGGGAUGGGCAACCUGCCGGCCAUUGUAUACAUUGUAGUUCUCGUAGCAAAGAUGGUCAUGGCCAGCGUCGACCCGGAGGCGGAGCUGUCAACUCUUAAAUAUGAGUACAAGGGCGCUUAA